CAGAAGACGUAUGUAUACGUGGUGUUGGUAUAGGAGCGCCUUGAGCACCUAGCAAGGUGGAUACGUGCGCUACACAAAUCCUAUAUUAUUAUUUUUUUUAUAAUAGAAACGACGCCAUGUAUAUUAGCUGAGGUGUGCGUCGAAAACGGAGCAGAAGUCUACUGGAUUUGAUCUCAGAUAUCGUGUAUUAAAUCUUAAACGUUAUUCAUGUAUAAUACCUCUACCCUUGAAAUAGGAAAGGCGGACCUGUGCGCUAUAUAACAGCCACUGUUAUUAUUAAGAAGUUUAUAUAAAUGUGAUCAUGGCGGAUGCUGCUAACGCUGCAGUUCCAUCAUCGUCUACGACUCCUUCAGGAACUGUGGCCGAUGAUGUCGGUGAUUCAAUUGAACCCCCAGCCGUCCAAACGAAUGUCGCUGGCACGAUCACCGACAUCGAAAGCAUGAUCGAUGGAGGAGUAACGGCGGCCGACGGCACGGUCAUCUCCAAAGAAGUCAUCCGAAACACGGCCUGUAUCAUAUUCGGCGACUUCGCGGCGACGUUCAUCGCGUAUACUGUCGUCACUAACAUCGGCAUUUUCGGGAAGGACUUCCUCCACCUCGACCUGCGCGACGUCGAGGAGUGGAACCUGAUCGUCGUCGGGAUCGAUGCCGUGUUCUUCCUGCUUGCGGGAUGCUUUACCGAUUGGUACGGUGGCUCAUAUGCAGCGAUGCAUGUAUACGGCAUCGUUUGCUUUCUAGGAUCCUGUAUUCUGCCUCUACUCACUUUCGAUUGGUCUGUCUUUGGUUCUGCCUACGGGAUACCAGUCCAAGGUCGCCGAGUUUUAUUUUACCUUGCCCGAAUAAUCAUAGGGUUAGGUUUCUCAGGUAUUUAUGUGACGGCUCCCCCUUUUGCAGCAAGACAAGUACAGGCUUACGGGAAGGCAUCAGUUCAGAGCUGUUUCCAUUAUAUAUACACCGUGGUUCAGUUUGCUCCUCUGAUUGUCCUCACGAGUUUAUCCUUCAUACAACUGAACGUAUCCUUCUUCGUUGGGUACCUUGUCACCUUGACUGUCAAUGUCCUCACCAUGGUGUUCUUCAAGUAUGCCAGAAGCAUAUUCAUACAGGGCAUCCCUGAUAAGGGCAAGAAGACCACCUUGGUCGCGAAAACAGCGGCCCAAGCUGUUAAAACGAAAGUCACUACGAGAACAUCUUGUUGUAGUUCAAACUGCUGUCCAAACCUCUGGUCCUCGAUCCAAACGACAGAUGACGAAAGCGUAGAGCUCCUGGGGAAGGGCGCCCUCACGGAUACCUUGCCGACUGCGGAUGCUGCUGAAGCGGAGGACACGCACGCAACAACAGCCGAUCCCUCGGGAAAUGCAGAGUUUGACAUAUCUCAGAGCAAUGGAUCAUCACCAACUCCAGCAGUAUAUGGGACCUUGGCACUGGAUAUUGCAGGAGUUACAGGGCAUCAGCCUGAAACGGUCCGUCGAGCCCUCUGGGUCUGCUACGCAAUAGUUCUACUCUCCUGUGAAUUCCCCUAUAGCAUUGUGAGAUGUCAGGUGUCCACUUCCUUCGUAAGUCAGGCGGAGCGCAUGAAGCCAACGAUCCUGGGGCAAGUGGUCAAUUCGUCUCUCCUUCAGCGCUACUUACCGGUGUUAGGCAUCGCACUUGCUCCACUGGUGAACGUUUACAUCUAUCCGUACAUCAGUAAACGAUUCGUCACCCUCACAAUGCCCUUCCGAACAAUAAUUGGUAUCGUCUUCGCCACCCUUUCUGUCCUAUCGGCUGCCAUCGCGGAAACAGCCCGGCUGACAUUUAUCGACCGGGGCAACUUUACCCUUCAGGACGUCAACGGCCAGACGUUACAGGUUUCGGACCUAUCACUCGACGCCCUCAUCCCUCAGUACUUUUUCAUGGGUGUGGCCGAUGUCUUCAUCUUCAUCACCGGUCUUGAAUUCGCUUUCACUCAGUCUCCUUGCUCGAUGCAGACUGUCGUCACAGGUAUCUUCUUGUUCUUCGAGGCCACUGGUCGAAUAGCUGCUACGUUACUUGUACCACUUAUUAACACCAUUACAGCAGCGGAUCCAUGGUAUCCUCCUGAAAUCAACAAUGGACAUCUGAAUUUAUACUUCCUUGUCUUGACCGGUAUAAGCCUGACCAAUCUCAUUAUUUUCUGUCUGUUGGAGAAAGGGUAUGAGAUUGUCGACGAGCAACUAUGUCUGGACGACGUACAUACGGUUGGCGAAUCGACAGGUACGACGUCGACGUCGUCGUCGAAAGCAACACCUUCUGGAACACUAACUGCAAAUACCAAUCAACCUCAGACAUCUACUCCAAUAUCAACCAUGUCAACCUAACAAUUUGGGUGCGGGGGAAUUUUUAAGUAACAAAUGGGCAGUUGGUUUCACCGCCGCGUGUGAGUUAACUCCAAUGUUGAGUAUGUUAACCUGUCAUUAAACAACUUACGUUACUGGGCGGGAAGCGACGAGGCUGCAAGGUUCCCGAGAAGGCAUAAAAACACGCUAUGAUUUCAUUGAACGCCACUAACCAAACAAAUCGACUGUCCAUCCACCAGAUGUCAGAUAGAAAAUUGUGUAUUCAUCUCCUACUACUACUACUACUACUACUACUACUGCUGCUGCUGCUGCUGCUACUACUACUACUUUUACUAC